AUGUCGUCCAACAACACCUCGGCCAGUGUCUCCAUCGAUAAGUUCGAUGGGGACAACUACUCAACCUGGUGUCGCUACAUGCGCGGCGUGUUUCUGACGAAGUCAGUCUGGUACGUCGUGAACCGCGAAACGUCUCCAACCUUCACCGACACGCGAGCUUCCGACGAGUACGUCAAGGCGAGCAACAUCGCGUUCGGGUUGAUGUUGCUCCACAUGGACGCCGACUACCACCAUGUGGUCGACAACUGUGAAGAAGCAUGGACAGCGUGGUCGCGGUUGAAGAUGCUCUAUGGUGGGUCGCAGAAGGCGGGACGCAUCUACCUCAAGCGCCAGCUGUUCAGCAUCAAGAUGGCGGAAGGUGCCAACGUCUUGCACCAUUGCAACGAAGUCUUGAACAUCGGCGCCAAGCUCAGCAGCAUCGGUGCCAAGAUGGAAGACGAAGACAUUGCGAUCUGCUUGCUGCUCAGUCUCCCGAAGAGUUUCUGA